GCGAAGAGCCCGUUCUGUUGAACAGAGGUGGGCGUGGUUUGUUUAAAUUAUGGCCAUGACGCAAGCGGAUGAGUUUUUAAUCCGCUGCCGCAGCAGAUCAGAUGAGCGGCCGGGUAACACCGAGGAAGGGGGGGUGUGCAGUCGGUCGGUCGGUCGGCGGAAAACGGUCCGAAAAAUAACAAUAACAAAAAUAAAAUAGCCACAGAUUAAUCCUAGUAAUAAGAGUGUACACGCGGAGGACCGUGUAAGGACGAUUUAUCGGCGACCGAGACCCCCUACAGCUCCUCCUCUAUACGCUGUAUAGGAAGUUAAAGGUCACUCCGUCUGCGCGCUCCCGUUUUUGUUCUUGGAAAAAAAAAGAAAAGGCCGCGACUAAUCGCGAGCUCCAGUUUUUAUUCCCGUAUUUUGACGCUAAUAAAUGGGUGAUUACGGCUUCGGCUUGUUACAGACAGCAAGUCUCGACAGCAGCAGCGCGCUGUUCGGCGCAUUCAGAUCGUCCUAUUCGAGCCUCUCCCCGGUCACCGGUGACCUCCUCCUCCCCACCGCCUCUCCGCAGUCUCUCUCACGCAGCAGCAGUACAGCAGCGUCCCCGCACUUCCCUUCGGCCGCUGCGCCCCGGCGAAUCAUGCAGGAUGAGCCCGCGGGGGUGACAGCCUCGCGGCGUCAGGUCCCGUCCACCGAGUCGAGUGACGAGGCCGGAAACGCGGCGGCCGAGCGAUCGCCACCCAUCGGCGGCUGCGACAACGGGACCGGCCUUAGCCACACGGACUACGACUUCAGCGACUUUAAGGCCGGACAAGGCCGCUUCGGUGCUGUCGCGUCACUACGUGACCUUGAGAGAGAGAGAAACGAAAAUCAGCACGCAGAGUCUGAGUGCGCCACGGAAGGCCCCGGGCAGCUCCCAGUGGACGCUCUGACCGAUGUUGCGGCGCCAUUGAGCGCAUCCGUGAGUCCCAACAAGGUCCAGAUCCGAAUGGAGCCCACAAGUGCGCAUCUCGCAGGGGCUUUUACGAGCCUCCCGCAUCACGACACCUCGGCUGCUUCACCCUCCCUGCCCGGGUUCGGUGCACCGUGGUCGGUGCACACGAGCUCCCCCCCUCCGCCUGUAUCCAACAACGGGAGUCACAUUAUGCCUGGAACCGAACCCGAUGGAGGAUUCUACCCAGGAAUCCCGUCCUCGGUGAAUCCCGGCUUCUUUCAGAGCUACUCACCCGGUGUGAACGCGCACGGCUUCGGCGCUCCGUUCUCGCCGCAGAUGGGCGGCGCUCCGCCGCAGCAUGCGCCCAGCCGCCGCUCCCCGCUCAGCCCGCAGCAUGGCACCUUCCUGCAGCAGAGGAACAGCUACAACCAGCAGCAGCCCCUGAUGAAACAGUCUCUAUGGGGCAGCGGCUGGAAUUCGGCGGGUGUGUCCUGGGGCAGGGACCAUCGAGGGCGUGGUGUGGGUAUGGCCAUUCCUGUCUCGCUCGGCCAGAUCUCACCCAUGAAGAAGCCGUUCAGCAGCGGGAGCGUCAUCGCCCCGCCCAAGUUCCCACGCUCAGGGGCGUCACUCGUCCCCAAGACAUGGAGUGAUGACAACGUGUUCCGCACAGACAGCAACAGCAAUACACUGCUGCCUCUGCAGGAUCGCAGCAGAAUGUACGACAGUCUGAACAUGCACUCACUGGAGAGCUCUCUGAUCGACAUCAUCCGGGCCGAGCAGGACCCUCUGAAAGGCCGCAUGGGAUGCCCACACCCUGGCGCCGAUGGCCUGCUCAUGCUCAAUAAUGCGAGGAGUUACGGCAGACGACGAGGACGCUCCUCACUAUUUCCGAUUGACGACGGUCUCCUUGACGAUGGCCACGGCAACCAGGGCGUACAUGGAGUUCUGGGGUCUUCCGGUUAUCCACAUCAGAACGGCGAGCGCAUUGAGAGGUUCUCGCGGAAGGUGUUUGUGGGUGGUCUGCCCCCGGAUAUAGACGAAGAUGAGAUCACAUCCAGUUUUCGCCGCUUUGGUCACCUGGUGGUUGAUUGGCCACACAAGGCAGAGAGCAAAUCCUACUUUCCUCCAAAAGGUUACGCCUUCCUGCUUUUCCAAGAGGAGAGCUCGGUGCAGGCGCUGAUCGAAGCCUGUCUGGAGGAAGACAACAAACUCUACCUGUGUGUGUCCAGUCCCACCAUCAAGGACAAGCCUGUUCAGAUCCGCCCGUGGAACCUGAGUGACAGUGAUUUUGUGAUGGACGGCUCUCAGCCUCUCGACCCUCGCAAGACCAUCUUUGUAGGCGGAGUUCCCCGUCCUCUGAGAGCAGUUGAAUUGGCGAUGAUCAUGGACCGUCUGUACGGCGGCGUGUGUUACGCCGGGAUCGACACUGACCCCGAGCUGAAGUACCCGAAAGGGGCGGGCCGAGUGGCCUUCUCCAAUCAGCAGAGCUACAUUGCUGCCAUCAGUGCCCGAUUCGUCCAGCUGCAGCACGGAGACAUUGACAAACGGGUGGAGGUGAAGCCCUACGUUUUGGACGACCAGCUGUGUGACGAGUGUCAGGGGGCUCGCUGCGGAGGCAAGUUCGCGCCCUUCUUCUGCGCCAAUGUCACAUGUCUGCAGUACUACUGCGAGUUCUGCUGGGCAAACAUCCACUCGCGUGCUGGCCGAGAGUUCCAUAAGCCGCUGGUCAAAGAGGGAGCCGACCGGCCGCGCCAGAUUCACUUCCGCUGGAACUAACAAACCACCAGGAAACAAGCGCCGCCUUCGAGCCUGUGCUAUCAGUAUAGAUCACCUAACAGUAUACAGUAUAUAGAGAUCUAUGGAUAUAUUUAUCUUUAUCUUUUGUAGCAGCCAGAAACACUACAUGCCUCAUUCGUUUCACCAAAUCACACACUUUUCUCUUCUCUACCCUAUCCUCAGUCCCUACAUCUCAGGCCUUUGUAGUACUUCGGUAUUUUGUUUUAGUUUUUUUUUUUUUUUUAAGGAAAAUAACAGAAGAGGGUUUUUUUUUUUCUCAAAUUAUUUUUAUAUGUCAGAUUUAACAAGUAAAUAUGAGAAUGUCUUUCGCAUGAGAGGGCAGUCUGUCUGUCUGUCUGCUGCUAAAAAAAACAAACAAACAAACGAGAAAAAAAAAAACGCCGAGGGCAAAGUGCGCAAUCGUCUCUUGAUAAACACUUGAUGUGAUUUCGGGGAGCCUCGUCGUCAUCGGGAAAAACGCAAACUCGUGCUGAACUAGGAGCGGAGAUAUCAGUAAGCUCCCCUGCUGACAUAGAAACCUGCCGAGGGUCUUUACCAAAGGUAACGAAAAAAGUAAUAUUCUCACCUUUGUUAUGUCAAUUUUGGAAAGGUUUUGGGGUAAAAAAACAAAACAAACAAAUCUAAUUCACGCUAUUUCAAAAGUAUUCAAUCAGCCAGGAGCAAAAAUCUAAUCAAUUAACAAACCAAAUUUUUUUCCACAAAUAUUUCUUUAUAUUACUGAGGCAGAUUAUUUUUAUUAUCACGCAGCUCACCAUCUUCGACAACACAUUUUUUUUUCCUUAUCACAGUUUAUCAUUUAUCCCCCUUUGGCUCUAUCGGCUAAAGUUUCAGAGCGUAAAUGUAGCUGGACUCUAUGUAUGAAAUAAAACACAACAGGACAUGUUGCUCUAGGAAAAGAACCACUGACCGGUGUUUUUUUUCCCCGUUAACGUCAUGUCCUUUCGUGUUUUAUUCCGAGCAUGGCAGUGUUUUAUUUAUUAAACAAUGACACACUGAAAGUUUUAUCCAUUCCAAGUUACAUAUAAUGUUGCAGAACGUAAUCAAAGCAGGUUUGUUCAUGUUAACACUUACGUUUGAGCAGCAAUACAUUUUUUUAUUCAACAUCGAGCUUGUCUUGCUAAUCGACUUAAUUUAAGCUAAAACAAAAAACUCCUUUAAUUUAUUUCCAACCCGUCCCUUUAAGAGGUUUAAAAAAAUUCUAAAACAAAAUGUUAAUUUCUAUAAUUGGCCUGACUAAUAGCUAAUUGCUUACGCCUGUGUCACAAUUGAAUCUCAAGCGAGGUAUAUGAUAAGCUUUGCUGCUAUAACGAAUAACUAGACUUAUUGUUGCGAUUAUAUAACGCCAUUAUUACGUAUAACUCACGUUUGCGUGUGUCUUUGCAUCACUUGCAUGCGUUAGGCUUCUAGAGCGAGAAAGACACACGGGAUUCAAUUUAUCAGUCAUUUACAAUAUAUAGCACGAGAGAUUUAAAAAGAUUUGCUCUCAAGUGCAAGAUACUAUCGCUAACGGUAAGCAUUAAAGAAUAUUAUGUCGAAAAUGCGUACUAAACACCUUUGCAUGCUUCGAGAUGGUAUUUGUUUACACACAUAGCGUCGCUAGCUUUUCGGUUAGCGCCAUUUAGUGUAUCACUUAGUGAAGAAUCAGUGUGCCGUAUAGUGCUCUUGUCCGUCUUGUGUGUGUGUGUGUGUGUGUGUGUGUGUGUGUGUGUGUGUGUUCAUGUCAGUAUUUAGAUUAGAAAUAAUGUACAUAGCGGAACGUUUCACCAUCGCUAGUUUCGGUGCUCCUGUCACUCACGCAGGUCAGCUGUUGCUAGCUGAAAAUUAUUUACAAGCCCAUACAUAUGACAUUUUUUAUUUUAUUUUUUUUUAACAAAAUCCAUGGAAUACUAUUUGAAUUUGAAUAUUGACUCAAAAAGAAGAAAAAAAAAGAAAAAGAAAUGUUAUAUUCGAUAGCUCCCUGAUCUUUUUUACUACACAGAGGAGCUGAGGUAUCCAGGAUGCUAGGGUUUUACUAGCAUUCAUGCUAACGUGUUUGUUGAACAGAAAACUCACCUCACUGAAUACUGAGUCAAAAAAGAAUCGCUAGAAAGUUAAAACAUUAUAUCUAGCAUAUUCAUUAGCUAGCUGAUGGUUUUUACCACACAUAUGAUCUAAUGUAACCAGGAUGCUAGUGGCUUUUUUUGGUUGUUUUUUAUUCCUCAGAGUUCUUGUUAACACUGCUGAUGAAACUUUGUUGUUCACUGGACCAUUAAACUUGACUUAAACUGAAACUACAGAAGUUCAAUAGCAAGCUAAAAGGAUAAUUAGCCCAGGUAGCUUGCGUCAUAACCCGAAGGACAGAACAUCGUAGCUGACUUAUGCUACACUUUAUUCCGCAUAUUUUGAACGUUGUGUUUGUAAAACGUUAUGCAGAGGUGCCAAUAUAUUUACACGUUCAGCCUAGCGUUUUUGCUUAGAUUUUUGUCCUCCUGCUAGAUACCUGACAAUUAUGAUUUUCAUUAUUGACUUGCGCUUAUCUUAUAGUUUUGUUUCAAAAAGCAGACAAAAACAUAUUUUAAUAUAUUUGGAUAUAUUUUAUUAACUAGGAUUUUCUCAACUUUGACACCUCUGCAUCAUGCGAAAUAAACAACAACCAAGAAAUUUCUCAUUAUGAGGAAUACUCAAACCUCCUUCAUCCAGUGAGACUACACUGUGUGAAAAACGACUAUCAAGAAACGAAGAGAGAUCGUUUCUCAAACGGACGAUGUUCUAGCGGCGUAUUUACCGUAGCCCUAACUAGACGUCAGUUGUAGCUUUAGCUGUGUAGCUACCAGAGCGUGCAGAGCUGAUAUUUGUCUUUUGUGAUGGAUGUUGUUCUCGUCUUCUUCUUCUUCUUCUUCUUUCCACACUGUUGACAAAUAACUAAGCGGAGACGUCGAGUAGAGUUAGUACAGGCACACAUGGACCUAAAAGAAGGAUUUUUAAGUUUUCGAUUAAAUGCAACCCAGUAACUUGAUAUAUUUUUGUUUGUAGUUUUCUGCACAAAUUUUCUUCGUCUCGUCUCUGUAAUGAAGUGCAACUCUGUGACAGUGUUAGGGACAAUCUGUAGACGCCGGCCGGCGCUCUACGCCACGUUUCGGUACUGUACUCAAUGUAGUCUCUCUCUGUGCAUCUAGCUAAGCUAGCUAGAGUCCUUUCUCGCUGUGCUUGUGGCGUUGGUAAUAUGUUCAGUGCCCUUUGUGUGCUCAGUGACCUUGAUUUGCAUCUGUUUGCGUUUUUAUUGUUAUUAACUAUUUAUUGUUAAGUAUUUAUUCACGUCUGUCGUCACACGAUCACGUGCACUACUGUACUCUACGUCCGUAGCACAUCGAUGUUAUCGGAUCGAUACUGAAGUCUACUGUACACUCCAACACACACACACACACACACACACACACAAACCUACACCUUUAUUCACGUUUUAUUUAGCGUCUUUGAAAAACUACCUUUUUAUUAACUAUACCAGAUUAUUUAAAAAAUGUUUAUUCGUGCUAACUUGUUUGAAAUUUGGUGCACACAAUAGAGUGUGAUUGAGUCGUAUCUAUUAUGGGAUGUGAACGAUGGUCGAAGAGAGAAGAGAAAAAAAAAAAGACCCGUGUCCUGAAUGAGAUGAAGUAACUUUCUAAUAGUGUCACGUAAUCCCUUUAACACUGCUGUAGCUGGACAUUGUGCUCAGUACUGUGUCCUCUCUCUCUCUCUCUCUCUCUCUCUCUCUCGCUCUCUCUCUCUGUCUCUCUCUCCCUCUCUCUCGUUUUUUUUCCGUUUUGUUUUACCUCUCCUUGUCUUUUGUACGAAGUCAUAUUUAUUUCUAUUUUUGUAGAUUGGAUUGUAUUUUUCUAUUUCACUUAUUCAUCCCCCCCCAAUUAUUUAUGAUUCAUCAGGUGGAAAUAUAUGAGAAGAAGAAAAAAAAACACGUUCAAUCAAAAUACCCAUGCAAUGACGUGUACAGUCUUAGAUUCAUUAAUAUAUAGUUGCUUUUGAACAUUUUAAUGUGAUUUAAACCUAAUAUAUUGAGUUAUUUUAUUAUAUAUUUUGAAGUUUUUUUUUUAUCUUAUUAUUAUUAUUAAUUUUUAUGGAAAACACUUGAGCCUCUCCGUCUCUCCCCCUCACUGACGUGCAGAAACUUGAACACACUUUGAAAGGCUGACUAACCUCGGAUCUGUGUCGUGUCGUGCAAUACCGUUUCUAACGUUUGUAUAAAAGAAUAGUGAGAAUUACAGUGUAUACCUUUUUAAACGCAGAUUUAUUUUUGUCAUUGCCUAUUUUGCAGAGUUCCGAUUCACGGUUGUCAUUUUUUUAUGGUCGGAAAACUAAAAGACGAACCCCUUUUUUUCAUUGCGACUAUUUUUAAAAAAAAAAAACAAAAAAAAAACAAGAAAGAACAACAACAACAACCCAGAUCUCUUUGUAACGAUGUAAAUGAUUGUAGUUUAUUUUGGAUAGCGUUUUUGCUAAGAAAAAAAAAAACUAAGGAGACUUUUUCAUGCAUUUCUAUUUCAUUUCAUCUUGUUUUAUCCUUUUUUUUAUUUCACUUUAAUAGUGUUGAAAAAUACUUGGAAUAAUUUUCAUACAUGUCAUUAACAUUAUUUUGUAUUUUUAUGUGGAGAUAUAUAAAUAUCUAAUUUUAUGAUGCUAAUUGCUAAGAUGUUAUUCAUUUGAAUUAUUUUUCAAGAUGAGAUCUUUGUAAUAUCGUUAAUGUUACUAGUUUCUAAAUCAGAGUUUGUGUACAGAUCUGCUCGAGCGGUUUAUGAAGUGUUCAGAUUGUAAUUAUUACUGAAUGGAUCUUUGAUAUGCAAAAUGAAUAUGACAUUGAUUUUUAUUUAGGUAUGGUUAUUACUAUUAUAUUAUUAAUAUUAUUAUUAUUAUUAUUUUUUGUAUUUAAAUGGGGUGUUGAUUCCAAUCUUUUGUUUUUCGUAUUUCAGUUUGAUGAAUAAAGAGAUGUUCUGUUCGGACACA